AUGUCUCAAUUCAGUGAUCUUUGCGAAGGCGACAAAAUAGCUCUCUUGAAGUCGGGCUGUCCUAAGAUUAUCAAUCUUUUAUCAGUCCUUAACUUUAAUUUUGAGGGCAAGUUCUGGACCGUACCCUUUGAAUGCAAUUCCGAUUUGAUCAUGCUUGAUUUGUUGACGACUAUAUUACUAUUUAAUCCAAACCAUCCAAGUCUGGUUCAUAAGGAU